UUUGCAAAAAUCCAAGAUAAUGGUGUUUCGAAAUGGAGGACGGUUAUCUUCAAGGGAGAGAUGGAAAUACCUCAAUGAAGAAAUUGAAGUGGUGAACGAAUACUGCUACCUUGGAGUCCUUCUAACUCCAAAAAUGAGUUUUACUAAGCAUGCAGAACAAAGAAACAAACGAGCGAAGAUUUGUAUAAACGCAGCUUGGGAAAAUCUGAUCAAUAACUCAAAUGUAUCCCUUAUAUCGAAAUGGAAAAUUUUCCAGAGUGUGUGCAAAACCACACAGUCAUAUGCAGCCCAGGUGUGGGGGUACAACUGGUUUGAAGAAGUAGAUGAACUACAAAGACUCCCGCAUAAGCUUUCUAUAAAAAUAUGGAACAAACAAAUUUUCUGGGCCUUGGCACUGAAAUCUUGGUCCGAAAGCACUAACGUUCCAAUUGAAAAUCUAUUCAGAACAGCGCAAGAUUGGUCUACAACCACAACUAUACUUGCAAAUAAUCUCAAAAGGAAAAGCUAUACAGAGAAAAUAGAUAGAGCAAGAGCAAGUGAAAGCAGAUUUUAUCGUUUUUUGAAUCCAGAAAUCGGGAUUGAAUACAUGCAAGAUGUUUGGAAACUGGACAAAAUUGCUAUUAUAAUGAAAACAAGGGCAGAUGUACUUCCACUGAAUGGAAACGUUUUUAGAAACGCAGCGAGACACCAAUGUACAUUGUGUAACUUGAGAGAAGUCGAAAACUUGCAACAUUUCAUAGCCAGAUGUCCAGUAUUACAAGAAUUUAGGGUACGGCAUUUUGGAACUGCCUAUCUAGAUGAUGUACAGCUAAUACAAAUUUUAAAUGGAACUUUUUAUUGUGGGUGGGAUGGAUUAUAUAAUUAUGUUAGCAAUGCUUUGAGAUAUCGGAACUACAUAAAUCGAGAACAAUUUUGAAAAAAAAAAAAAAAAAAAAAAAAAAAAAAAAAAAAAAAAAAGAAUAUGUAAAUUUUUUCCUUAACUUUACACUUUAUAAAAUUUUACGUUAACUUUAUGGCUUAUAAAAUGUAUAUAUCUAAACGUAAUGUUACGCAAACAUACUAAAUUUAGCUAUUUAACAGCACAAAUUAAAACAAAUAUGGUAUUGACAGACAACUAUUUAAAGUUAUUGUCAUUAACUAAUUACAUUUACAUUUUGUUAUCUUAAUCAAACAGUAUAUAGAAAUUUGAAUUGUAAUGUUUAAAGAAAACAAAAUAAAAUCUAUCUAUCUAU